CCUAUGUUAGAAAUAAUAAAUAAACAUUCACUCGUAUUGCAAGUAUCAUACACGUAUUAAAAUUAAAAUGUUUAGAAAAACAAAAGCGGAAUUAAAACCACCUCAACCACCAACAUUUGCAUCGAUACUCGAAGAUAUGGAAACAUUUCUUGUGGAAAAACCACCAAUCGAAAAAGUUAGAACGCUACCCAGUGCAAGUGAAAACGCUGAAGUCAACUCAAACAGUAACCGCAAUAAUUUGGAAGAUUGGUGGAAGGUGUUCGAAACAUUUUACUCUGACAAUGAGGAUCUGCAGAAUGUUAGACGAAGACUGAAUGCAUCUCAAAAACUGUUGGAAGAUCAGAAAAAGGAAAUUACUGAGAAGACAGAUGAAAUUCAACAGGACAUAGACUUGGCUUUGCGAGAUCCACCAAUUGAUCUCGGUUGACGGUUUAAAUUUGGAAUAUUCUUGUGUCAAUUAAACGUCUCAGUUA